AAGAACAAUAAGAAUAAGAACAAUAACACCGCCAAUCGAGCCCCGGUAAACAAUAACGCAGCUGCUGCCCCUGCUGAGCCUGAGCCCGUCCCCGAAGCGGCGGUUGAGUCCGCAGAAAAUGGAGCUACCACAGUAUGCACAACUUCCCAAGUUUGAAUAUCAGACAUUCGAGCGUCAAUACCAGACCUUCGACCGUCAUACCUUGCAAUCUUCGUUUUAUCCUGUCAAUGAUUCCUCUUCUUCCGAUCUGACGCCCGAUAAUAAGGAUCAGGACAACAACCCCGCCGAACCUGCCCCUCCCGCUGAAGAUGCCCCAGUAGAUGAAGGAUCAAGUAGCCCCCCCGCCGAGGCCGGAGGUGAGUAAAACCUACAACUUCUUUUCCUAACUCCUCUGGAGGGAUGUGGA